ACGGCGCUGUUACGUCACAUACCUUGCUCAGCAGAAGAGCCGCUGUUUGUAAUUUAAUGUUGCGGCGGUGUAGCUCAGGAUUAACCGACUAAAAACGAACUGAUGGGAAACAGAGCGUCAUGAAAGAGAAUGACACUGGGGGGGCUGAGAAAGAUGAACUAUGGGGUGCCGGUGAGAAGGAUGAAGAAGAGGUUCCAAUGAGCCGAAGUUUCUCAGUGGAAGAUCUCCUGGAUGAGGUGGAGAAGAUCUGUUAUGACGCUUCAGGGACGUCAAAGGUGGAGAUGGUGGUGCGGCUGUGGAAAGACGGCUUUACGGUAAACGAUGGAAACUUUCGUAGCUACUCGGAGCCAGAGAACCAAGACUUCCUGGAUGCUAUCAAAAGAGGGGAGCUCCCAGCAGAGUGGGAGAGCAGAGCUGAAGAGGAGGAGCUGGAGAUCAGUGUGGAGGACAUGAAGGAGGAAAACUACGUUCACAAGAAGGCCACUUUUCACCCCUUCAGCGGGCGAGGAUACCGACUGGGCAGCGUCGCACCCAGAGUCGUGGCCAGGUCGCCAUCUGUGCACGAGGAUGGAGAAUCUCCUCCCAUUCCCAUGGUAACCUUAGAUCACUCCCUUCCUGUUACCUCGCUGCAGAUCUGGUUGGCUGAUGGCAGGAGACUGGUUCAGAGGUUUAACCUAUCCCAUCGGGUGGCUGAUGUCCAGGAUUUCGUGGCACGCUGCCAGAGGAACUGCCCGCCUUUCGUCCUGAUGACAUCCCUCCCUUUCAGAGAGCUCGCCGACAAAGAAUUAAGCCUAGAAGAGGCAGAUUUGGCUCACGCCGUUAUCGUCCAGAGACCCCUGAACACACAUCCUCUGUUUGGACACUCCUGACCAAUCCGGUUCUUACAUUUCACAUGGCAUGCCUCGCAUUACCCCCUUUCCUGACAGCAGCUUCUACCGUCCCUGCGUCUAGAGAUAUUUCUUUACAGUGCUGCCUUUGACAACAUUUAUUCUCCUCUGCAGCGUCUUUGCUGCACGUCCCUCCCCUCCAGAGGAGCUACUGACACUGUCCGCUUUGUCGUCUUCCCUCUGGAGGACAGUUUACCUGAAAAUAAACUCUAAAUACCCAGACUGCAGUAAAGUCAAACAAAUGCUGCUCACCCCCUCCUCAUGUCAGACCCACAAUGCAACUACUAUAGUCUUCCCAAAGCCUGAAUACUACUUUGAUGCACUGUUUUGCUGUUUUUAACAAGGGGCUGAUGGAUUACGUUUACAGUUCUAUGAUAAAGUGUUGUUUUGAUUGCACAGUACCGUGAUAUUUGCCUUCUCUUUUUUUCAGGAUAUUUUUGAUUUUAUUAGUUUUUAGUGAAUGUGUUUGAGGGA